UGGCCACUCCCAGCAUUGCAAGCCAAAAAAUCCGUGACAACCAUAUGCCUAUCUGAAGAGAAGAACUCUGCAGGGUUGACCUUGCAGCUGAUUUGAUUUUAGCAGAAUAUGCACACGAUGUCAUUGUAAAAUGAAUCUAACUCUCCUCUCUCACUGGACUUGGGAAAGGUGUGUUAUUCACAAAGUUUCGCCGAUGCUCAGUUUAAAAUAUUGUUAAGAUUUUGAGCAUGAUGACAUCUGGACAUGAUUACUUCAGCAGUUACUGCGAUUUAGGGGUGCAUCAACUGAUGUUGAAAGAUAGGCCAAGAACAUUGGCCUACAGGAACUUUUUUGAGAAGAACAGAGAGUAUGUCAAGGAUAAAGUUGUUAUGGACGUUGGGGCAGGAACUGGCAUUCUGUCGCUGUUUGCCGCAGCAGCCGGCGCCAAGAAAGUUUUUGCUGUGGAGGCGAGUGGUGUAGCAAGCUUGUGUGAGGAGGUGGUGAGCGAGAACUCGCUGGCUGAUGUCAUAGAGGUCAUCCACGGCGCCGUUGAGGAGAUUUCCCUGCCCCAGGGUUUCACACAUGUUGACAUUAUCGUAUCGGAGUGGAUGGGCUUUUAUUUACUCCACGAGUCCAUGCUUGACUCUGUCAUCGUGGCCAGAGACCGGUUCCUGGCUCCUGGGGGUAUUCUGGCCCCCUCCCAUGCCACGCUGUACUUUGCCCCUGUUGACCUAAGUGAGCACUUCCAGGAGAGGGCUGAGGAGUGGAGCAACAUCUACGGUUUCGACUUCUCCCCCGUGGCCUCCAGGAUCAACAUGGACGAGGUCUCCAAACCCCUGGUUCAGUGCCUCAGUCCCAGCGUGCUCAGGGCUGACCCCCAGGAGGUCCUGGCCUUGAACCUGCAGACAGUGACCCUGCAGGAUGUUGCGGAGUUCAGCAAAUUGCUGCAGUUCCCCCUGAAACAUGAUUCCAAGAUCUUUGGCUUUGCCGCUUGGUUUGAUGUGGACUUUGUUGUUGGGGGGACAGUUGACGGCCAGAUGGAGGACAUGUCAGGUCCUAAGGUCCUACCAAAGUCUUGUGUCAAUGAGAUGGGUGAUGCGUGUUCAGGUGAAGCUGUACACACACCGUGUACCCAGGGCUUGACACCAGACCCUUCAGACAUGUCACACACCCAAGCAAAGCAGAGCUCCCUAAAUCCUCCCACAAGACUGAGGACUGGGCCACUGGACCCUCCCACCCACUGGAAGCAGACUAUCAUUUUCCUGCCGCAGACCAUCUUUGUUGAAGGUGGUGUCUCACUGGGGUGUCAUGUCACCAUGUCGCAGGAUGCCAGCAACAAGCGUCACUACAACAUCACGGUGGAGCUGGUGGAGGAGGAGGACAGUGACGCUGACUCCAUCUCCUCCACCGACCACCCCGUACCCUGCCCGUGUGGCUCCAGCAGGUGCCGUCUGAUCUCAGCUCUGGUUGACAAGUUUGACACGGAGCAGCAGGAUAUGUGUGAUGAGGCCAGCGCUGCUGAUGUGCAGGCUGAGGACGAGGCCACGCGGCAGCUGGAUGACGACAUAGAGAGGGGUGGAUGGCCAGUUGACCCCAACUCUUCUGGUCACUCACUGGACGAGACGGGUAGCUCCUGAGGGUAUGACCAACCUCUGGCCAACAUGGACGACAUGGACAACCUCUGGCCAACCCUGCAGAGGUUGACAGGAUGCUCUUCAUUUCAGCCAGUCACCCCAAUGUGUGGGUCUCUAUAUCACGUAUCAAUGUGGGGGUGAGCCUUUGUGAUGGUCGUGUGUGGGGGAUGCAAUGGACAAGAGUGGGGGGGGGGCUGUUUCUGGUAAAUCUGUGGACGUGGUCGGUCCCAGAACUCAUCACGUGACGUGUGGAACCUGUUUCACGUGCUUUCCCUGGACAGAUCCGGACCACACUUGGUGACGUCACUUUCUGUUCGUGUUUCCACGAUCUCGCUACCUUGGUGUUGACGCAUCUCCGUUGUUACCGUUGUUUAGAAACUACCUGAUGUUGCUAAUUAUGUUACCAUGAAACUUCCUUCAGUAAACCACGUGUUAA